AUGCCGCUAUCUAAACCUAUAAAGUCUUCACAAAAGAUACAACAAAAUUCAUUAAUAGAACAAGACUUCUAUCUUUCAAGCAAUAAACUCUACAAGGUAAAUAUUUCAAAGUUUAUGCAAGAACAUGUCUUGGCAUAUUUUGAUAUAACUAGAGAUAAUAAUUGCAGUUUCUGUACUAUUGCUUUAUCAAUUAAAAAAUCUGAAGAAUAUUGGCCAGAUGUUUGA